AUGGCCGUGCUAGGGUUCUUGAAGUAUGUCAUGUUAUUCAGCCUUCUUGUAGACUUUGCUCUUACUCAGUCCAUCGUCAAUGUUCGUGAUCAUGGUGUCGUUGGUGAUGGUAUCACAGAUGACACUCAAGGUUUAUUGAGAGCAUGGGAAGCAACCUGCAAGUCCUCAUCUUCGUUAGCGACCAUGCAUUUCCCGGCAAAUUUUGAGUUUCUCACGAAUCCUUUGGAUUUUACUGGCCCAUGCAAGCCCGAUAUUGUCGUAGUUGAGGUACAUGGUACUAUAACAGCACCAAGUGAACCUAAACAAUGGAAGUGCGGGUCUGAUAAUUGUGAUAGUUGGAUACGCUUCUCUCAUGUAGAUGGCCUUUCCAUCUCUGGUUCCGGAACCAUCUAUGGACGUGGACAAAAGUGGUGGAAAAUUAAGGAUAACAACAAGCCAGCGGCUUUAAGGGUUACUAACUCAAAAGAUCUACAAAUUAGUGGAUUAAGGUUCAAGGACAAUCCUCGUAUGCACAUUGUGAUCGACGGAGUACAAGGGGCACACAUCGCAAACUUAAACAUUGAGGCUCCUGCUGAUAGCCCCAACACUGAUGGCAUUCACAUCGGGGAAUCAACUGAUGUACAUAUUCAGAAUUGCACAAUUGGAACAGGUGAUGAUUGUAUAUCCAUCGGGGGUGGAUCAAAACACAUGACAAUUAAUAAUAUCAGAUGCGGACCUGGGCAUGGUAUAAGCAUUGGGAGUUUAGGAAAGCAUGGUGCUAACGACGAGGUGGAAUAUAUUGAUAUAUCGGAUGUUGUGUUCACCAACACCACCAACGGUGCUAGAAUCAAAACAUGGCAGGUAAAGUUUCCGAUCAUCUAUUACAUGCACAAAAUCGAGUACAAAAUUUUGCAUAAAAUGACAUAG